CCUCUGAGUAUCCUAUUCAACAUCCUUGAAACAUAAUUCGUGAAACAAUGAUUGAUUUCUGUGUUAAGUUUCUAGUGAUUCUGGCAGUAAUUUUGCAACAGAUCUUUGCACAGACAACUACUAUUUAUUUUGAUGUUUCAACUACGACCCCUGCUCCCCCUCAACCAGGGUGCAGAUGUGUGCCUGCUGGGACAUGUGUGAUAACUCCUGGAAUCGACAUAAGAAUAGUCAAUACGGGAACGCAAAAUUGUCCUGCGGGGCAGGUGUGGUGUUGUGGAGCUACAACUGGUUCAAGCGCCACAAGUUCCUGUGGUAGACGAAAAGUCACAAAUGCCUCUGCUCAACCUGUUGGAACCGCCAGAUACGGUGCUUAUCCUUGGCAAGUGGCUCUUCUGACACUUGACAAUAUGUACAUUGGCUCUGGAGUGCUCAUCAACGCCAAUUUUGUUCUUACAGUGGCUCACAAGGUGCAGCCAUAUGCCCCUGCGAACUUUAAAAUGCGUCUGGGGGAUUGGGACGGGAAAGCAACGGUCGAGCCCAAUCCCUACGUGGAAUUUCGACCCAAAUCAAUGGUCAUACACCCGAAUUUCGUGGUCAGUACACUCCAGAAUGAUGUAGCAGUGAUUCGGCUGAAUGGAGUGGCCCCUAUCACCACAGCUCCCAACAUCAAUACCGCGUGUUUGCCCACAGCAAUGGUAGCAACUGGAACAAGGUGCUGGGUCACCGGAUGGGGAAAAAACUCGUUCGGAAGUGAUGGACGUUAUCAGGCACUUCUGAAGGAAGUUGAUGUUCCUAUUGUAGAUCAAGGUAGCUGCGAGACUCGCCUCAGGAGUACGAGACUUGGAAACUUCUUUACUCUGGAUAGGAGUAGCUUCAUCUGUGCAGGGGGUGAAGUGGGCAAAGAUGCUUGCACCGGAGAUGGGGGGGCUCCUCUGGUCUGUCAAACAGCCACUCAACAAUUCCAAGUAAUUGGUCUCGUUGCAUGGGGCAUAGGUUGCGCAUCAGCCGGAAUUCCCGGUGUUUACGUCAACGUCAACAACUACCUCGCAUGGAUAAAUCAGCAAAUGUUAGCUCUGGGCUAUUGAAAACAACCACCCAAAACUGACAGUUAAUUUAACGAAGAUACUCAUCAGUCAGUGAAAAAGUGACGAAAAACCUAAUCAUUAAUGAUGAAUUAUUUUUAUAUGUAAUAAAUUAACUCAAGAAUCGCAGAAAAAUUGUAAACACCGAUUAAGGACUGACGAAU